GCCAACCAUAUUGUUUUUUCCUGCGGCGCCCGGAAGCGAGUGUCCCUGUGUGACGUUUCGAAGAUCGGAAACUUAUGAACAGGGCUCUCCUUGAGAUGUUCCAGGAGUGCGAGGAUUAUGAGGAUGAGCUGUACCAGGAUGAAGCAGACUCAAGUCUGUCGGACGCUGACAGCGAGCUGCAGUUCCGACUUUAUUCCCAGCUGCACUACAGCGCUGAGAACCAGGAUACCCAUGAGGACGUUAGAGAGGAAGAGUCAUCAGUACCACAGGCUCAACCUCAGCAGACGUCCUCACCGCCUCCUGCUGCACCUAUAGAUGUCAUCGUGAUAGACUCUGGUCCAGAUGCUAUCACAUUAUCAGAUAACACAGAGGAAGAUGACAGCGUGUGUGCAAAAAAAGGUCAAACAUCAAUAGCACACAGGAGGGUGACGCCUCAUAACACCCAUUCGCUCGUUCCAUCACGUAGUCAAACAAGAAACGUCUAUCUUGGUGAUGUUGUAGUAUUGGAUUCAGAGUCAGAAGAGAACUCUGAUUCAGACUCUGUACCCCCUUAUGUAGAGGGUCUGGGUUCAGAUUCCGACUCGGAUGGAUUGGAGAACUGGAUGAUUCUGGGCCGGGAGAAGCAUGAGGGAGAUCAAAACAUCCAGCUGAACUGUUCCUUGCCGGAAAACUGUGAGAAACAAGAACAUGUAAAUGAUGGAGAGAAUAAGACCAGUUGGGUUGUUUCAAAAAAGGAUAAAGAGGCUCAGAUCUAUAAUAAAGGGGUUGGCCGGACUUCGAGGCGUCUGUCAAACCGUUACUACACUAACAAAUCUGUCACGUGUCACAACUGCAGCAAGAUCGGCCACCUCUCCAAAAACUGCCCCACACCAAAGAAGUUGCCGUGCUGCUCAUUAUGUGGGCAUCGGGGACACUUAGCGCGGACCUGUCCGGACCGCCACUGUUCAAACUGCUGGCUGCCCGGCCACACCUUCAACGACUGUCUGGAAAGAGCUUACUGGCAUAAACGCUGCCAUCGCUGUGGAAUGUCUGGCCACUUCAAUGAUGCCUGUCCAGAAAUCUGGAGACAGUACCACCAAACGAUCACACCAGGACCCAUCCUUGAAUCCCAAAAUCCAGAUGCCUGCAAAACACCUGCCUACUGUUAUAACUGCUCUAAGAAAGGACACUUUGGUUUUGAAUGCUCUGAGAGGAGAAUGUAUAACGGGACGUAUCCAACUUUGCCCUUUGUUUCUUACUACGACCAGACAAGGGACAUCAGGUGCCGGGAGCACCGACUAAAAAAGAAGGCCAAAGAACUGCAGGAUGCUGGAUUGAUUGAUUUGCCAGAUGACGGUGCUGGUUCCUCCACUCCUCAGCCACCCACAAAGAAAAAGAAAACCAACUACCACACGUCCCUGUUCCGUACCCCCAGUCAAACAAACAACCCACAAACACCGAAGAGACGCAUUGCGCACACACCCAAACACCAUCCGCAACUGCACAGCACACCCUUGAAUAUCAAUCAGGCCCCACAAACACCAAGGACAUGGGACAAAAACACCCCUCACAGCGCAUUCACACCCCAAGAACACAGCCAGAAAAAAGCCAAGAGAAAGAGAAAGAGAAGAAAGUCAGCUGUUAUAGAGGAAGAUGCCGACUUUCCUAGAGGGUGCAGCAAUGGCCCUCACGCUAAUAGGGAUGUCAUUUCACCCUGGACAGCCAAUACGCCAAAUAUGCUCUUCGGAAAGAAAAAUAACAAGAAAACGGAGAGCCAGACGAAAAAGAAGGAAAGGAUAUGGAGAAAGAGGCAAAAAAACGCAGCGAGAGACGAUGCCGCGUAUGCUCCCGACGAUCUUUUUACGAUCAAACAAAGGCGAAGCAGAUAGAAAGGAGUUCAAUUGUGCAUGUGGGAGCCGUGUGCAUGGCACAUGUACUUGUGGUCCUGAGUCAGUGGGAAGGUAAAUUCUUCAGAUUUGUGUCACCCCCUACUGGCUAUUUUAGAUCUGUUUUGAACAGUCUUUCUCCAUGCACAUGUUUUAGGGCCCGUUUAUUUUUAGGCGCUUCAAGAAUUUAGCAACAUACUGAAGCACAUCAGAACUUUUCCCAGAUGUCAAAGUGCUGCUUUAAUAUUCCACAAUAGACCACAUAUGAUUUUGUUUUUUUAAUAGGCGUAACACACACACACACACACACACACACACACACACACACACACACACACACACACACACACACACACACACACACAGUAAACAAAUGAAGCAAAUCAAUGCAUGUUUAUAUUCUAAAUUCACUCUGAAGAGUUUGGUUCUGAGAUUCUAAGAUAGGUUCAUUCAUGUUUGUAAUGUAUAAUGGUAUGUAUGCAUAUACCACGCUUACAAAACAGUGGUUGGUUUUGAAACUGUUUAAUUGAAUGUUUAACACAAAUCUGGGAUUUUAGUAGCAGAUAAAGUUUUGCUUGUACAGGAGUUUGUUGAGUCUUCUAUUUUUUGUGUACCUGCUGAUUUCUGUCACGUCCCGAUUAAAGCUGGUUUGUUUUGAUAUCCCGUUUGUGCUUCUCUUUUACAUAAAAUGUCUUGUAUUCCCCAUCGUUUGUAUUUAUUAAUUAUUAUUUUGAUAAUGUCAUUCAUUCCUUUUCUGCUCCAUGGAUGUCUGGUGUAGCAAAUGCAUUGUGCACAUGUAAAUAAAUCAAUCAAUAAAAUAAAAUAAAUCUGUUAA